CAAACGACGCACUACUUCGCUAUAUAAAUCACACAAAAAGACCGGAUUUGUAAACGAAACACAAAGCAAUGCGUUGCUAUGGAUUAGUGAUUCCAGGGGGCAGCGACGCUAGUUGCUUCACCCACGCCCGACGACCAACGUCCGACCCGGUUUUGAGGAUCAUAUACCCCGCCCGAAUCCAAUUCGCGUCUUUCAAAGCCAAGGCCACCAUCAGGGAAGCCACGAAGAAAGAUGCGAGCUUCUACGAGCUGCUUGGAAUUCCGGAGACGGGGACCUUGCCGGAGAUCAAGCAGGCGUACAAGCAACUCGCGCGGAAGUAUCAUCCCGAUGUCUCGCCUCCGGAUCGGGUCGAGGAGUAUACCCGCAGGUUUAUUAUGGUCCAGGAGGCCUAUGAGACUCUCUCCGAUUCCCGGAGGAGGGCUCUCUAUGAUAGAGACAUGGCCAGGGGCAUUCACCUCGCUUUCUCUGCUAGGAGGGGAUUCCAGAGCGACCUGGAAAUGGAAGAGAGGAGUGAGUGGAAGAAUCGUUGGGAAGCUCAGUUGUCAGACCUGAAAAGAAGAAGCAUGACCAAGGAUGCAAGAGGAAACCUGUCUUGGGGAGCUCAAAUGCGCAGGCAAAGAGAUGAGCUCUCGAGCGAAUGAUACAUAAGAUAUGUCCCUGUUUUAUUCCUCUUCAUAAAACUUGGCUUUCUUGAAAGAGGGAAUGAAAGGGUACUGCUGAGUUAGCAUGCUUGAAAUAUGAAGAAUCUCAAAAAGUACAUAUCAAUGCUAACAUUUACUUAAACAGGAUUUGUAUAGUUGUCCUACAUGCUGUAUUAACCAUAGCUACUGCAUUAUCUCAUGUAUAUACAACUUUUUCAAUAUAAUUUUGGUUCCCUUUCGACGUAUAAAGUUGUGUAUCUGUUGCAAUUAUGUUAAGGAAUUCUGAUGUUUUUGAUGCUA